AGUUGCGUGCUAUUAUUGUUCCUUGAGUCCAGUUUUUCCCUUGGAGAAAAUCUGCUUCUGCACAGUGUCGUUACCUCUUAAAGACAGAGAUGCAGCACAGAACAGCCUCGUUUCCUUUCGUGAAGGAAUACAUUUGUGCCGUCUGAAGCCGCCGCCCACGUUUUGAAGCAUGACUACUUUGGAGAACCGUUUGCGUAAAGAUACAUUUUAAGCUUCGGCGCAAGGAACAACAAAAAGGACAAAACAACACCUAACAUCAACGGGACGUUCCGAAAAGCGAUUUAAUGGGAAAAAGAACCUACCAACACUAGACAUAUUUAUUUUCCUGUGGAACUGCAAUGACCUCCACCCGAGACAUGAAGAUAUGCUCAGUGCUGCAAUCUAAUGGUGAGAGGAGAAGAGAGGCUUUGGAUCAACUUCCUCCGCCGGCCAAUUCGAACAAGCCGCUCACCCCUUUCAGUAUUGAGGACAUUUUAAACAAGCCUUCGAUAAAGAAAUCUGUAGCUGCCCUCUGUCCCCCGCGGACUCUGGAGAAAGUGACCGGUUCCAGCACUGCAAGAAACUGUAUUAACUCGCCUUCCUCUCCGCUCUGCGCUUUGGAGGAACUAGCCAGCAAAACUUUUAAAGGUCUGGAGGUCAGCGUAAUCCAAGCGGCAGAAGGUCGUGAGUAUGUGAAUGGGUUUGGACAGAGACAUGCCUCGAAAAAGAGAAGGAAGUCCCGCACAGCUUUCACAAACCAUCAAAUCUACGAACUUGAGAAGCGCUUUUUGUACCAAAAGUACUUGUCCCCAGCUGACAGAGACCAGAUAGCGCAGCAGUUGGGUCUCACAAAUGCCCAGGUCAUAACGUGGUUCCAGAACAGACGGGCCAAGCUCAAGAGAGACUUGGAAGAGAUGAAAGCAGACGUCGAAUCUCUCAAGAAAAUUCCCCCGCAGACUCUCCAAAAUAUAGUUACCAUGGAAGACCUUGAGGACACGAAAGGUAACUCGGAGGUCAUAUCUCCCAGUAUUUCCCCGUCCUCGCACGGGGGAGUCUUCUCUCAGUCCCCGUCUUCGUCCAGAGGCCAAACAACGGACGAGUUCUCAGAAGAGGACGAAGAAAUUGAAGUGGACGACUGAAAAAGGAAACACGUUUUACACUACGACUGGUUGUUACAAAAGCUGCACGGACAUGGCUUCUUUUGAUAAUGUAAUAUAAAUCAAGGAUUUUCUGCAUUUGUAUUUAUUUAAUGGAUUGCAAAUAAAGCAACCUUGUUUCCAAUUAAAGCCGGAAAGUGCUCGAGGCAUGCAUUUAAUUCAAGAUGCUUCCAACAGUUGUCUAAAGAAUGCAGGUGGAAACAGUUGCCUAACCGAACUUUGUGCAUUUGUGGCGAAUCACGUGAUCAAGACUGCAAAGUGUACUUAUUAUUUAAGUGUAUUUCAAUAUCUUCAUGAGGAGAAUAGAGCAAUUAGUAUUUUUGAUACACCGUUGAAUAAUGCACUAGUUGCUUUUGUAGCUGCUACCGAAAACAAAUCUACCAGUUGCCAAAUGGGUAUUCUACACUGUUGUUUACAGGAUUAAAAAGGAGGAGGGCACUUUUUUAAACGAAAUGUCCAGACGACGAACUGCCUGCGUAAUUAGGAAUUUUAUGUGUCCGUUUUAAGUUCAAACUUGUCUGUU